AUGGCGACCACGACACCCGAGAAGAAGCUGCAGUUAGAAGACACGACAGAAUGCAGAUCUUCAGCACAGUAUCCUACGAUCCAGAAAGCGGAGUUAUCCUCCAAAACACGUGAGUACCAUUACGAUCAUAGUAGCAUGUUCGACUCCGCUAGCUCACAAAAAGGAAUCCAAGGAACUCUACAGAUGAACUUUUUGGACGCUGCCUUACUUUCGAGGCUAGACAUGCCCAGUUUUUCCGGCAACCUUCUUGAUUUCCCCACGUUCUGGUCAAGGUAUAACGCUCUGGUCCAUUCAAAGAUAGAUCUUUCGGAUGCAACAAAGUUCUCUCUGUUGAAAAGUUGCCUGAGAGGGCAAGCGUUACAAUCCAUCGAAGGAAUCCCCGUAACCGACGAAGAUUAUCGUACGGCUGUCGACAUUCUUCAUCAAAUGUACAACAACCCCUCAGCCCUGCGCCACCUGAUUUACACGGAACUCGCAAAUCUUCCACAGUGUGAUCAGGAAGGGAAACGACUUCAAGAAAUUUAUCUGAAAAUGCUACGUCUUAUUAGGCAAUACACUUCCAUCACCCCAGGGUCGCCGGAAUACGGGCUCGGGGCACUACUAUAUAAUAAAUUGCCACGAUUCGUUCAGUCCAAGAUAUACGACAUAACAGGAGGACAGAUGAGCCUCACACCAAACCAACUAAUUGAUCUCCUCUCGGACGUGGUGAGAAAAGAAGUCACCUUAGGACAGGUCGGCAAUUCCAUCAACUCUUAUUGUGCAAAUAAUUACAACCUUCGAAAUUCAACAACGGGAGAUGCAGAACGGCUCAAGAAGCCUGUACCAUUCUCGAAUGUACGCCAGAAGUCUUGUCCCUUUUGCUUUGAAACUAAUCAUAAUGCAUUCCAAUGUCGCUAUUUCAAUACACCGGACGAAAGACGUGACCGCACUCACCAGAAUGAUCUGUGUUUCAAAUGUCUACGACCGGAUCACAGAACAAAAUUCUGUGACCGACCACCCUGCAAUAUCUGCAACUAUCACCAUCACCCCUCCCUGUGCUAUCAUUCAAAACCACCACAAAACAAAACCUUAUCAGAAAGGGAUACCAACAAAAUCAUCCAAAACAACUUUGCAUUUCCAAAGAAUCAAACCAACGAAUGGUCGAAAAGGACAAACGAUAUUCAAAGUAAUUCCAAUCGGUUUCUAGACGGCGGUAAACUCAAGCAAGCUCGUUCACCAGCUAAUCUAGUAAACUUUUCCGAGGAUGUGACAGAAAACAGCGCUAAAAAUGAAAGUGAAGAAGAUGGAGAACCAAAUCAAAAAAGUGGUCUGUGCUACACCGCAACCAGUUCAACGACAAUCGAAACAGAGAACAAUGAAGAGCAAAAGAACAACGACGAAGUUCUGCUAAUGUGCACUGAGAUCAUAUUAGUCAAUCCGGAUGACAGGAGCAAGAGAGCAAGAACUCUGGCCUUUCUGGACAGUGGUUCAACACAUUCAUACAUUACGACAGAUGUCGCAGAAAAUCUCAAACUAAACCAAGUCACGGAAAAGGAUAUUACACUUUACACAUUCGGAAACGAGGAGUCGAGAACAGUAUCAUCAAAGCAGUAUAACAUCUGCAUACUAUUACCAAACGACUCAUUGUACCCUAUGAAGGUACAAUCCCUUCCUAUCCUUACGAAACCUCUACCCCUUCCCUCCAGCCUCCCGUCUCUAUCAACUGAGCUUGCCCAACGUUUCUCGAUAUUCAGCCAGACACAGAGAGACAGGAAUUCUCAUAGGAAUGGAUCACUUUUGGCAGUUGGUCCUCUCCUCCGAUUUCCAUUCUUCAAAUCUGCCGAGUGGACAUUACCUAUUGCACACGAAAUUAGGGAAGAUUAUCUCUGGAAGGAAAAUACCGACUCGUGCUGUAAACAUGGCAGUGAAAAAUGA